GGACUACGUUUCCCACGUCGCCCCACGCCACACCCCCUUGGCCUCUCCGGAAAGUCGUCCCAGGAGCCUCUGGGCGUAGAGCCCCGCCUCCGCCGCUGGGGGAGGGGCGACGCCGAGCUCGGGGGCACCCGGUUACGCACUUCCUCCCGGGGUCGGAGGCCGAUUCGCCUUGUGGCGGGUUCGAGUCCCGCCUCCUGACUCUGGCCUCUAGCCCCUGAGUCCCGGGCGGGGUGCAUUCGCCGGGGAAACCUCUCCUCGACCACGGGCACCUCUCCUCGACCAGGGGCGACGGCGUACUUUGGGCUUCAUCAUGGAGGACUACCUGCAGGAUUGUCGAGCUGCUCUACAGGAGUCCCGACCUCUACAUGUUGUGCUGGGAAAUGAAGCCUGUGAUUUGGACUCCAUGGUGUCUGCUCUCGCCUUGGCUUUUUACCUAGCAAAGACAACUGAGGCCGAGGAAGUCUUUGUGCCAGUUUUAAAUAUAAAACGUUCUGAGCUACCUCUGCGAGGUGACAUUGUCUUCUUUCUUCAGAAGGUUCAUAUUCCAGAGAAUAUCUUGAUUUUUCGGGAUGAGAUUGACCUCCAUGCAUUACACCAGGCUGGCCAACUCACCCUCAUCCUUGUCGACCAUCAUAUCUUACCCAAAAGUGACACAGCCCUAGAGGAGGCAGUAGCAGAGGUGCUAGACCAUCGACCCAUCGAGCAGAAACACUGCCCUCCCUGCCAUGUUUCAGUUGAGCUGGUGGGGUCCUGCGCUACCUUGGUGACUGAGAGAAUCCUGCAGGGGGCACCAGAGAUCUUGGACAGGCAAACUGCAGCCCUUCUGCAUGGAACCAUCAUCCUAGACUGUGUCAACAUGGACCUUAAAAUUGGAAAGGCAACCCCAAAGGACAGCAAAUAUGUGGAGAAACUAGAAGCCCUUUUCCCAGACCUACCCGAGAGAAAUGAUAUAUUUGAUUCCCUACAAAAGGCAAAGUUUGAUGUAUCAGGACUGACCACUGAGCAGAUGCUGAGAAAGGACCAGAAGACUAUCUAUAGACAAGGCAUCAAGGUGGCCAUUAGCGCAGUAUAUAUGGAUUUGGAGGCCUUUCUGGAGAGGUCUAACCUCUUUGCAGAUCUGCAUGCUUUCUGCCAGGCUCACAGCUAUGAUGUCCUGGUCGCCAUGACUAUCUUUUUCAACACUCACAAUGAGCCAGUGCGGCAGUUGGCUAUUUUCUGUCCCCAUGUGGCACUCCGAACAACGAUCUGUGGAGUCCUGGAAUGCUCCCACUCUCCACCCCUGAAGCUGACCCCUGCCUCAAGCACCCACCCUAACCUCCAUGCCUAUCUUCAAGGCAACACCCAGGUCUCUCGGAAGAAACUUCUGCCCCUGCUCCAGGAAGCCCUGUCAGUGUAUUUUGACUCCAUGAAGAUCCCUUCAGGACAGCCUGAGACAGCGGAUGUGUCCAGGGAGCAGGUGGACAAGGAAUUGGACAGGGCAAGUAACUCCCUGAUUUCUGGACUGAGUCAAGAUGAGGAGGACCCUCCACUGCCCCCCACGCCCAUGAACAGCUUGGUGGAUGAGUGCCCUCUAGAUCAGGGGCUGCCUAAACUCUCCGCUGAGGCUGUCUUCGAGAAGUGCAGUCAGAUCUCACUGUCACAGUCUACCACAGCCUCCCUGUCCAAGAAAUGACUGUUGAGAGGGGAGGAGGUAGUGGGUGAGGCUACCUGACUCACUUCAAAUGCAUGUUUUGAGAUGUUUGGAGAUUCAGCAAUUCUGUCUUCAUUGCUCCAGGAUCUGGUGUACUGUUCUCAUAAAACUGAAAGGAGAAAAAAAGUGAAAGCAGCUGCUUUAAGAAUGGCUUUCCACCUUUUCCCCCUAAUCUCUACCAAUCAGACAAAUUUUAUUUAAAUCUGCACCUCUCUCUAGUUCAUUUGCCAGGGGCUCGAUGUGACACAUCUGCAGUCCCAACACAGUGGGACAAAGAGAAUGUAGUCCCCAAAAGUGUCCUCGGCUUGGAUCUUGAACAGAACCAAUAUCUGUCAUGGAACUGAACUUUCAAUGGUGGUCUCCAUGUAUUCAUUUAUUCACUUAUUCAUUCAAGUAUUUAUUGAAUACCUGCCUCAAGCUAGAGAGAAAAGAGAGUGCACUUUGGAAACUUAUUCCAGUGUUUAGCUUACAGCAGAUUUCUAGCUCAGUGACUUUUCUUUUUGCCACCAUUUAGGUGAUGGCGUUUGAUUCAGAGAUCGCUGAAUUUCUGUUCCGAGCUUAUUGUGACUGUUUCAGAUCUAGUUUGGGAGCAGAUUAGAGGCCAUUGUCUUCUGUCCUGAUCAGGUGGCCUGGCUGUUUCUUUGGAUCCUUCUGUCCCAGAGCCACCCAGAACCCUGAUUCUUGAGAAUCAAGAAAACACCUAGAAAGGCCUUAAUGACCUCAUAGGCACUCUUCCAAAAAGACAGCAUAACUGGAAUGAGAGGCCUGGGUCUGUCUCCUGCCUUAGCAGGCCUAUCAAUUUCUUGUCAGUCUCUUUUUCUCCUUGCUCAUAUUAAAAGGAAGCAUGGAGUUCUAAUGCUCCCAUAGACUAUGUAUUUUGGCAAGACACUUCACUACUCCAGGUCUCACUUUCCCCAUCUGUAAAACAGGGUUUGGACUAGGUGUUCCCUGGUAUUCUGUGAUCUGCCUCUUGCUGCCAUUCUUUCUCUCCUCUGCUUCUCUGUAUUUUUCUUCUGUUAUCCCUGGGGGUGCUCAGGUUCACUUGAUUGUCUGUAUUUCUGUGUGGUUGUAGCAAGGACUCAGCCUCAUGUAGCAUGAAUAGGGAUGUGGUUCAUGACGUGUUGACCCAGCAGAGAGCUCCCUCUCACUGACUUGUUCUGCAUGUGUAGAGUCUCCCCAUUUUUUUUAACCCAACCCUUUCCCCUUUUUCCUACCCCACAGCUCUGUUCCAUGUAAGCUGCCAACAGUUUCACUGAACAGUGGGGUAUGUGAUGGUUUUGGCAUGACAUCUUCAGUAUGAGGGGGACAGUCUGACUUCACUUUGAGGGUGUGAUGUCUGUAGCUAUGUGGAAGGUAAAAAUAGUGGUGUGAUUAUGAACCAAAGGAAUUUAUGUUUUGUAACUUGGGUACUUUAUUUUGCAUUUUGUUAUAGUAUUAAAUACUUUUUUCCUGUU